UUACCAGUGUGCCUGCCCAUUGUCUGAUCCACUCUGCGACAGCUUCAACUGGAGAGCCAAAAUUAUAAUUGGCAUAGGCAGCUGCAUGGUGGUUGUGUUCAUCAUUGCAGCAUUGGUUUUCUACAAGCAACAAGAACACAGCAAAAAGUACAGAUUCCACAUCCCUCCCCAGAUGGAUUCCAGUGUUCAACCUUUAUCCUUUAACAAUACUGCUGGUUCUGCAGUGAGCCCUGCUGAUACUGAUGUGUUGGCACAAGCAAUGAUCCAUGUGCAAAGUCCUGGGAAUCUCAAGGACACUGAUGAGGUUGAUGAACCAGUGGAGUUGAUGACUUUCCAAUGGAGGCCUCCGCCAUCAUGUGAGGAUGAGGAUACAACCUGCCCAGAGACAGAGAUUCAAGAAUCUAGUCAAGAUGUUCAUGAAACAGAUACCGUGAUGUAAAAAUCUGACCAUGCCUGAUCAUUGAACUGUGCAUUAAAGGUCGGAACGUUUAAAUCUGAUGGACUUCUUAUGUUGGCAUUUUACAAAAAGAUAAAUGACCAAUUACUUAAGAAGUAAUAUAUUAAUUACUUUAGAGAUUUCAUGGUAAUCCUAAUGUUAGCCGUUGCUUGUUAUUUUACACAGUUUGUUUUGUAAAGGUAGACCUGUGACUACAGUGCUGUUCAAAAUUAAGCAAUUAAGCAAGACUAUUGCCAUAAAUAACCCUUUGGAAACAUGCAUACUGGUAAUGGCAUUUCUUUAGAUGGACCUAUCCUAAUCGUUUAAUGGUUUUAUCUGAAUUCUUAAGUAGUUCUACUCUUGUAGGCAAAGCAGCAUUCAAAGUUGUUUAUUACAUUUCAAGCUUUUAACAAAUUUUAAGGUAUUUUUUGCACAUUACCAAUAUUGCAACUAAAUGUUUUAUGCAAAAUGCAAGGGGUGCAGAAUGAUAAGCAGACCUAUCUAAAGAUCAAAUCAAAUUGUUUUUAAUGUAGGCCUAGGCAGAUGUGUUGUUUUCUCUACAUUUACAUUGAAGGAUUUAGCAAGUUUAAAUAUCGAAAAAAUACUCAUUAAGAUUCAGAUUGUGGAACACUUUGGUGGACGGAUCAACUUGUAUGCAAUUUGUAGCAUCAAAAGCCUUUUGGAAUAAUUGGUAGGAUUAAAAAAAAUGAGUUUAGUGUGAAGUCAUAACAGAUCAAAUUAAUUAAUGAUAUUGUGCAUUAAACUUUGUGCUAAAUUGCGCUACUUCAAAGUCAUCAAAUCAUCCGGUUUCCAAGGAAAUGGCUGAUACAUGGGAUUACAAAACCAAAUCCCUUGCUAAACAAGGUCGCCUGUUGGAACUAAUUAGCAGAAAUAGUCCAUGUUACUUGGAAAUCAAUGGUGUAUAAUCUACCCUGGAAUGUUCUUUACUUUGUACUUAUACUCCACCACUCAGUCACAUCUAUCUGUGCCUCUGGGAAAAGUCAGUUGAUCGCAAGUGUGCACUUUGUAUGUCUAAUAAAACAUUGCUGCAAGUCCUCCAUCACUCAGUCAAGGCUGUUACACCUAUCGCCGCAACAAUGUUCUGUCGGAAAUCUGUGAAUCCCUUGACAUAAUGCACGGUAAUUGCUUUAACCACAAUCUCUUUGCUGAUUCCAAAGGUGGACAUGCUCCAAGAGGCAACACCAUCCCGCCAUUCAUUCUAACAACCACACUCAAGCCAGACAUUGCUAAAAAAGAUACACUUAGAAAAGAAAUCACCUUCAUUGAACUGACAA